AUGAGAAGAUCGUCUCUAGAAGGAGAUGUGAUCAAACACAAUGUUUUAAAAGAAGCUGAGCCGAAAGCCGUCCUUACAGCCCACCUGUACACCUCCGACCAGCAGCAGCGGGAUGGGAGCCGCGGGGCCCUACGUGCUGCACCCGAGGAUGGGGAGGUGGUGGUGGCGGAGGAGGAGGAGGAGGAUGAAGAGGAUGAGGUGCUCUCGGAUGAGCUGGAGGAGGAGGACGGCGUCCUGGUGCUCCAUGAGCACAACUUCGCUCGCGCCCUGCGUGAGCACCGGCUGCUGCUGGUGGAGUUCUACGCUCCGUGGUGCGGGCACUGCCGCCGUUUGGCCCCUGAGUUCGCCCGUGCGGCCGCAUUGCUGAGGAACGGAUCAGAGGCGGCGCGGCUGGGCAAGGUGGAUGCCGUGGCACAGACAGCCCUGAGUACCGAGUUCCACAUCGAGGCCUUCCCCACACUCAAACUCUUCCGUGAUGGCAAUCGCACCCACCCCGUGGCAUACAGCGGCCGCAUGGACGCCGAGGGCAUGGCGCUCUGGGUGCAGCGGCGGGCCGGGCCCAGCGCCACACUCCUGGUGGCAUCACCGUGGCCCCGAGCAAGGGGACGGCACGGCUGCCGCAUGGCAGCUUGGGGGCCAUCAACCGCAUCCAUCUGA